AAUGACGUCAGACAAAAAUACACAAUCAAAAUCCGAAACUGUUUCAGACAUUCUGAGACCAUGGCCAAAAGAAAAGUUCAGGUGUCUUUUGUGAUCCGUGAUGAAGUUGAACGCCAUCACAGGUCUGGGGUAAACGCCCUGCAGUUUGAUCCACAGUUAAACAGAUUGUACUCCGCUGGACGAGAUUCCAUUAUACGCAUUUGGAACACCUCAAGAGCAACUAAUAAGGAUCCAUAUGUGUUGUCAAUGGAGCACCACACUGACUGGGUAAACGACAUUAUCCUCUGCUGUGGGGGCAGAACAUUGAUAUCAGCCUCCUCAGAUACCACAGUAAAGGUGUGGAAUGCACACAAGGGCUUCUGUAUGUCUACACUGAGAACUCACAAGGACUAUGUGAAGGCUCUAGCCUACGCCAAGGACAAGGAGCAGGUGGCCUCUGCCGGUCUGGACAGAUCCAUCUACCUGUGGGAUGUGAACACCCUCACCGCCCUCACUGCAUCCAACAACACAGUCACAACCUCCAGCCUGAAUGGCAACAAGGACUCCAUCUACUGCCUGGCAAUGAAUCCCUGGGGCACGGUGAUUGUGUCAGGCUCCACAGAGAAGGUGCUGCGCGUGUGGGACCCCCGUACCUGUGUCAAAAUGAUGAAACUCAAGGGUCACACUGACAACGUGAAGGCGGUAGUGCUGAACAGGGAUGGCAGUCAGUGUCUGUCCGGGGGAUCUGAUGGUAUGAUUCGGCUAUGGUCGCUGGGGCAACAGAGGUGUAUAGCCACAUUCCGUGUGCAUGAUGAGGGGGUCUGGGCCCUACAGGCUAACGAGAGCUUUAGUAUGGUGUAUUCCGCGGGCAGAGAUUGCAGGGUGUGGGCCACAGACAUACGUAACACAGACUAUAGGUGCUGUGUGUGUGAGGAGAAGGAACCGGUACUCAAGCUGGAGUUGACCACCGCUGAAACCCCUGCACUGUGGGUGUCCACGACAAAUUCCAGCAUUAAAUGUUAUAAUGUGAAGUCAGUGAGUAAACAUCUACAGUCGUCCCUGGACAAUGUAUCUGUACCUCCUGUGUGUUCCCAGCCUGAAUUCACUAUCAAAGGUGGCUCCAGUAUCCGACAGUACCACGUGCUCAACGAUAGAAGGCACAUCAUCACCAAGGAUACUGAGGACAGUGUGGCAGUAUGGGACGUACUCAUGGCCCAGAAGGUGGAGGACCUAGGCAAAAAAGACUAUGAGGAAGAGAUCAAGAACAGAUUCAAGAUUGUCUACGUGCCCAACUGGUUCUCUGUGGAUCUCAAAACUGGGAUGCUGACCAUCCACCUGGAGGAGACAGACUGUUUCACAGCCUGGGUAUCAGCCAAGGAGCUUGGCAUCACACUGGCCCCAGAGGAGGCAGAAACCAAAUUGAAUGUAGGGAAGCAGCUACUGCAGGCAUUGCUGGACAGCUGGCCCAGGACUCAUGUGUUUGACAUGCAACAAGCAGAAUUGAAGAACGGCAAUGAGAGUGACACACAUCCUGGCCCCUUUUUCCAGGUGCCAGGUCACACUCCCCUGAUAUUCAGUGAGGUGGGUCGAGGUAAGACCUUGUUCCGAUUGCUGUGUAGAGACGCGGGGGGAGAUACGGAGCAGAUGUUGCUGAAUGAGAACGUGCCCCAGUGGGUUGUAGAGGUGCUUGUACAUAACAAUGUUCCCAAAUCCAACAAGAUUCCAUUCUUCUUACAACCACAUCAAAGUCUGGGACAGAAAGUGGUCAUGAAAAAAGACCGCCUCUCGGCCAACGACAUGAUCCAGGUACGCAAGGUCAUUGAGCACGUCUAUGAGAAGGUGCUGGGUCAAGGGUCAGAUGCAGGGUCACAGGCCCCUAGCUCGGGGGGUGGGCCCUCUGGUGACAAGGCUGACGAAGGUGAGGACAUCUCUGCCAUCGCUGAGGAGAAGGUGGAGCUACUGUGCAAUGAUCAGGUGUUGAACCCAAGCAUGGAUCUGCGAACUGUUAAACAUUUUAUCUGGAAGCAGGGUGGGGACUUGACAUUGCACUAUAGGCCUUUAAAGUGAACAACGCGUUGACAAUAUAGUUCACAUACAUUAUGUGUGACUUAGUCAGACUACAUGUACUAGAUAUCCCAGCAGGCCCAGCUCACACUGUAUGGGGUUAGGCCCAAAAGACUGCAAACUGUGAACGACCGAACUGGAAUACUAGAGGCUUGCAAACAAGAAGGGGGGCUUUGGAUUGAAUCCGAUGGAAAAUUGUCAUUUUCUUGCGCAUGUCCCAGGAAAAGAUAGUUAUUCAACCAUGGAUUUCGAAGCCCUGUACAUGAAAAAUGUGUGAAUAUUGAAAAAUGUAACAAAAAGAGACGUUUGUACUGUGCUUGUACUAGAUGCAGACAACAGUAUCAGUAGAGGUGAUGUGGUCUCGUGAGCAACAUGCAUACUGGUAAUACCAAAAAUCUCAAUACUUUUCUCUGAAAAUGUCCGCAGCUUAUCAAGGUUUGGGUAGCAUUUAUCACCUUUGACCUAUAUGGGUAAUCAAUUUGAUACACUGUGGCAGAUAGAAUGUGUGGUUCAGAGAGGUUAAUUGGUUGUUGAAUCUAGUUAAUGAAAAUAAGAUUAUUUCAUUAGAAACAUGCUAGUACUUGAUUGUUUAGAAAUUUUAGUGAUAUAUCAAAUGUAUGUGAAUUAUUUGUGCUAUUCUAUAUGUUAGUAGAAAAUGAAUAUUUAUAUUUAAUUGUGUACAUUUUUGUGUUGCAUAUUAUUCUAAUGUUCUGAUGUUUUAACAAAAUUGUUGAUAACAUACGUUGGGAUAUAAUUAGCUUUAUUGAUAGGAUUUCUACAGGUUAACAAUAUUAUGUGAAGGUGUAAUUCACUGUCUUAAACAUAUAUUUUAAUGAAAAUGUUAAACACUAGUGGACUUGUAUUUUCGUUUUCUUAAAAUAAUUUAUAAUUCUACAGUUUUAACACAUUGACCUAGCUAAUGCCAUGCUUUAUUGGAUUUAAGUACAUUUUUUUGGUUUGUGAAAUAAAGGUGUUGCGCACGUUUAUUGUCACCUGCCUUGUUAGCUCUACUGGCCAUAGGCCAGAAGAGCUUAUGGGAUGGCAUGGUGUCUGUCUGUCUGUCUGUGUGUGUGUGUGCGUUAGACUUUCUCUUGUUUAUCCGAUAAAGUCCACAUUUUUCAUCCAAUUCUUCUCAAACUUGUUCAGUGUGUUGAUAUUAAUGAGGACUCGAACCCUAUUGAAAAUGGGUUACAUCAGAGUAAAAAGUCCAGAAUUAUCUUCCCUUGAAUUUGAGAAAAUUGUGAAAUAAGGCUUGUUUACGCAAAAAAGUCCACAGUUUUCAUCCAAUCUUUUCCCAACUUGCACAGUGUCUUUAUCUGAAUGAUGAGUCAAACUCUAUUGAAAAUGAGCAAUAUCGGAGUUAUAAGUCCAGAAUUAUCUCUCCUUGAAUUUAUUAUGGCUCCGACAUUUUAGUGCAGAAGUCAUUACAGUCACGUCCUUUUGCUAAUUUGCCCAUUCUCCCAUCUUUCUGUCUGUGAAUUGAGAAUGUAGACCAUUUUGUCCGUACCAUCCCUUCUAGCACCAAUACUGAAGGCUUCAACUCUUCAACUCAGCUGUUGCUUAUGCCCUUUCACUAUCCCCUCAUAUUACGCAGGCCUUACUGUGACCUCAUUUAGAGUAAGAAUAUUCUUAUUGAUUUUUAUCAUUAUUUCUUGGUUAACUAGCUUUUUAUGCCCCGGAUCGAAAGAUUGGGGGUAUAUUGUUUUUGGUUUGUCUGUCAUUGUAUGUGUCCGUGUGUGUGUGUGUGUUUGUGUCCCGAAACUUUAACCAAAACUUUAACCUUCUUCAUAACUUUUGCAAUAUUGAACAUAGCAAUUUUGAGUGGUGAAAGGUCAAGGUCAUCAUUCAAGGUCAAAGGUCGAAAAAAAAAUCAAAAACUUUAACCAAAACUUUAACCUUCUUCAUUACUUUUGCAAUAUUGAACGUAGCAACUUGAUAUUCGGCACGCAUGUGUAUCUCAUGGAGCAGCACAUUUUGAGUGGUGAAAGGUCAAGGUCAUCCUUCAAGGUCAAAGGUCAACAACAAAAAAAUCAAAGCGGCGCAUUAGGGGGCAUUGUGUUUCUUACAAACACAUCUCUUGUUUUGUUUUGUCUAUUAGCUAAAAUGCUGUAUAAAAUCUAAGAAUAAUUUAAUAUAACAUGAAGUAGUAUUUACUAUUUAGUCAUGGAUCACAUCAUAUUAUAAGUUUACAGUUGUUGCUUGUGACCUUUCUUUAACACGCAACCUCACUCUUACCUUGACCCUUGUGACCUUUCUCUUACACGCAACCUCACUCUCACCUUGACCCUUGUGACCUUUCUCUAACACGCAACCUCACUCUUACCUUGACCCUUGUGACCUUUCUCUUACACGCAACCUCACUCUUACCUUGACCCUUGUGACCUUUCUCUAACAGACAACCUCACUCUUACCUUGACCCUUGUGACCUUUCUCUUACACGCAACCUCACUCUUACCUUGACCCUUGUGACCUUUCUCUAACACGCAACCUCACUCUUACCUUGACCCUUGUGACCUUUCUCUAACACGCAUCCUCACUCUUACCUUGACCCUUGUGACCUUUCUCUUACACACAACCUCACUCUUACCUUGACCCUUUUCUUACAUGCAUCCUCACUCUUACCUUGACCCUUGUGACCUUUCUCUUACACACAACCUCACUCUUACCUUGACCUUUGUGACCUUUCUCUUACAUGCAACAUACCUGUAGCCAGGGGGAUGCGUUCGGUGCAUUCGCACCCAAUCUUUUUUGACGAGUAAAAAAUGUACUAUAAUUUGUAACCAACUUGAUUUGACACAAAAACGGUUAUUUAUUUUUUUCCAGAAAACCAGUGAGUCUUCGUAUUUUAGCGUUAAAAUAAUGUUGUAUUUAAUAUGCAACUGACAGGUCACCAUAUUAUUAAUUUCUCGAUUAAGCCAUUCCCAAGAUAGCGCGUGAUUUUUAUUUACAAUUUUUAAGCGUUGAAUUGUUGAAAUCAACAGAAGUGUUGACAGCAAAAUUUGAAAAAAAAUCUAGGUAGCCGGUCACCGCAAAAUGGAAUUGGAAUCUUUGUUAUAAAUGGAUAUUUAUUUUCUGUAUACCGGUAAUGCAUAAUUAUUAACCUGGCACUCUAAUCCGUAUAAAAUCAAUACUUAUUUAUAGAUAUUUGAUACUAAAUGAUUGCUUUGUAACUUUUGUCAUUGUUAUUAGACUGUUAAAGCAAUAACUUUAAUAGAUAUCAUAACAAAAUGAUGAUGCCACGACUUAUAACAAUCACACAUUGUGCACAGAAUUUCGACAGACUGCGUUGUCUUUUUGUACAACCAUUUUUGGAUCCCCUGAAUGGUUUUCCAGCAACAAAAAUAUCAGCUAUGCUCAAGACAGGCUAAUUUUGUUGUUGAAUGACAAGAAAACAAAUAAUUGCUACAAAGCAAUGUGGUUUUUUUGUUGUUUACCAAUACUUAAUGGCAUCUGUUCUGCUCCACAUUACAUAACUUUCCACAAUGUUUUAAUUAUGUCAAACUUGACACUAGGAAUGUCCUACUCUCAAACAGUUGUUAUAAUGAGUUUUAAAACGUUAUAACAUAUGAUCAGGUGGACGUUAACGUUUAAUGUUCAUCUUCAUCAACUAUGACAGAUCUUAAGCAAAUAAUGGGAAAAAAGUACAUCUUUUUUCUUCGAAGUCCUGGUAUUCAUUGUUAAGGCCUUUGAGACUAUAGGGCCAGUAGUUUGUGGUUAUAGGGUCUUAAUGAAGCCUUAAGUGUUAUAUUUUUCUGAAAUUUGUUAAGAAACUUAUUUGUUAAAAAUAGUUUUAAAAAAGUAACCAGUCAUACCAUUUUGAUUUCUUUUUGGUAUUGAUGCAGAUUUGAGAAGACCCAGUUUUGUUUAUCCGUGUUUGUUGUACAAUACACUAUUGGCAAUGUUUAGAGCAAUUCUAACCCUCUGGUACUAUCCAUAGUAGCAGACAAACAAUUAUUUUGAACAAAAGUCAAAUAUUUUCAUUUAAUUUGCUCGAUUUAUGAAUGGUAGAAUGUUGGAAUGGUAAAACACACCAAUUUUAUCAAGAUUCCAAGACUCCAAUAAAUAAUGAUAUUUUAUACCGUUCUUAUUGUUUGAUUAAACACUCUAUAAAUUUGUUGUUGCAUAUGUAAACAAAGUGUGUGCGCGCAUUCUAGUGUCGGGUUAAACACCGUAUAAAAUUAUGUAUAUCCGUGACUGAUAAAAAAGUUGGUUAUUGAAAAACGUGGUGGGAAAUACAUGUAUGUUAUAUCAUAUUCAUGUCAAUCAGUCACUGAGUAUGGUCAAUUAAAGUGAAAUUUCAUUUAAAAAUGCUCUAUAACUUCAGUCUCUAAAUACAGUUAAAAAGUGACCAGAAUGCAGUAGUUAACAUUUCAUUUCCAAAUUUUUUUUAGGGGGAGGACCUCCAAAGCUCCCGAUUGCAGGAGGGGUACAUCCCCUCCCGCACAUACCCCCUUCGCCACUUCGUUGCUCAAUAACAAUCGUCAAUGGCAAAAAUUCGCAUCCCCCUUUGAAAACCUUGGCUACGGGCAUGUGCAACCUGACUCUUACUUUGACCCUUGUGACCUCUCUCUUACAUGCAACCUCACUCUUACCUUCACCCUUGUGACCUUUCUCUUAUAUGCAACCUCACUCUUACCUUGACCCUUGUGACCUUUCUUUACACACAACCUCACUCUUACCUUGACACUUGUGACCUUCAUAUAUUUUUUAUUUUAUAUGUUUUGACUAUUUUAUGUACAUUAACAUGUGUAAAGCAUGUUCAAAAAUGUACAUUUAUCUAUAUUUUUUAUCUUUUAUUUAUUUUUUGUAUCCUUGAACGCUGAAAGGCUUUGCAACCCUUGCCCCCAGAGCUGAUUAAUUCUAUAUUUUAUGCUUUGCAGGAUAAUUAGAGAUGACAGCAUGAAAGAGCUAUACUAACUGCUCAUUUAUUUCAGUUAUCAAGAAGACCUGCUUGUGACCUUUCUCUAACACACAACCUCACUCUUACCUUGACACUUGUGACCUUCCUCUAACACACAACCUCACUCUUACCUUGACCCUUGUGACAUUUCUCUAACACGCAACCUCACUAUUACCUUGACACUUGUGACCUUUCUCUAACACGCAACCUCACUAUUACCUUGACACUUGUGACCUUUUUAUAACACACAACCUCACUUUUACCUUGACCCUUGUGAACUUUCUCUGAAACGCAACCUCACUCUCACGUUGACAUUGACCUGAUAUGGACUUAAUUAUUCAAAUGGCUUUAUUUUUAGAUAUAGGCUUAUCAGCAUUAAGGGGGGGGGGGUGGCGAGGGGGGACAUAUGUGUUAUAUAAGGCUAUUGUAUAAAGUAAAUUAAUUGUUUAUGGCUGUAAACUGUGUAAUAUUGUAGUGCUACAUCAUACUUUCGUGACAUUCAAUGAAACAUCUGUUUUUUAUUAUGAAAUAUAUUUGAUUACUUUAAAAUUGUUAUACAUAUAUGUAAACCUAAUAUUUUGAUUGUUUUCAGUAUGUAUUGUUAUUUCAUUAUUUACUGCCUAACAAACACUUGAAAUAAAGUUCCAUAACAAGA